GAGCAAUAUUGUGGGGGAGUUAUUGUACCAAACUUCGCGGAGCUUCGGUCCCAAUUACCAGUUUACGCCGACACUCUCAUCGUCGCCAUUGUUCUACGACUAAUUCCGACACUUUGGACGAGCCCUUUGCGUUGUUUAAUCUACCAUUAAUGCGGCGGCGUGUAGUGUUUGCGAGCUCGUAAGGGGGCGCUAACGCGAAGGGGACGAGGAGGAGGAAGAGGAAAUGGCGAGGACGAAGGAGGAGUUCCUGAAGCAGUUCGGCGAGGGCUACGGGUACCCUGAUGCUCCCCGCAACAUCGACGCGAUGCGAGCCCUCGAUUUCAAGCGAUUGGAAGGGUUGGUUUACUUGGACCACGCCGGAGCCACGCUCUACUCGGAGGCGCAGAUGGGGGAUGUUGCUAAGGAGCUCGCCAACAGUGUCUAUGGGAACCCUCAUAGUCAAAGUGAUUCGAGUAUGGCCACCAGUGACGUAGUUGCCGCAGCACGCCUGCAGGUCCUUAACUAUUUAAAUGCAAGUCCAAGAAACUACAAAUGCAUAUUUACUUCUGGGGCAACGGCAGCUUUGAAACUCGUCGGCGAGUGUUUUCCUUGGAGCAGGGAAAGCUGUUACAUGUACACGAUGGAAAACCAUAACAGUGUGCUUGGGAUUAGAGAAUAUGCUCUUAAUAAGGGAGCAACUGCUCUUGCUGUUGAUAUCGAAGAGGUUGAGCCUCAUGAUCUACGUGACGAAACUCAUGAAUCUUCUAUUAGGAUCUUGAAACACGCAGUGCAGAGGAGAGUUGAAGAUUUAGUACCACAAAAUUUGCAGAAUGGCAAGCUUUCUGGAAAUGUAUACAAUUUGUUUGCAUUCCCAUCAGAGUGCAAUUUCUCAGGUCAGAAGUUUCCUCUUGAUUUGGUUAAGGUCAUCAAAGAAGAUGGUGGGAAAAUUUUAGGAGUCCCAUCACACCAACGGAAUUGCUGGAUGGUGCUAAUAGAUGCUGCAAAAGGAUGUUCAACUGAACCACCAGAUCUAGCUAGGUAUCCGGCCGAUUUUGUCGUCUUUUCUUUUUAUAAGAUAUUCGGUUAUCCAACUGGUCUAGGAGCGCUUGUCGUUCGAAAUGAGGCAGCCAGGUUGUUAACAAAAACAUACUUUGGUGGAGGCACAGUAUCUGCUUCAAUUGCUGAUAUUGACUUUGUCCGAAGAAGAGAGAGCAUUGAGCAAGUGCUUGAAGAUGGAACUCUGUCAUUCUUGGCCAUAGCUUCUAUUCGUCAUGGCUUCAAGAUAGUUGAUUCAUUGACUAAAUCUGCUAUUGUCAGACAUACAAAGUCUCUUGCCGCUUACGCAAGGAACAUGAUGGUGGGCUUAAAGCAUGGUAAUGGAUCGAAUGUUUGCACAAUCUAUGGAAGAGAAACUUCAAAGGUAUUAUCUUCAACAUAUGGUCCCACAAUUUCAUUCAAUUUGAAAAGGGAAGAUGGCUCCUGGUUUGGAUACCGUGAAGUGGAAAAGUUGGCUUCAUUAUCAGGCAUUCAUUUGCGUACAGGCUGCUUCUGCAACCCUGGUGCAUGUGGCAAAUAUCUUGGUUUGUCUCAUUCAGAUUUGAUUUCCAACUUUGAGGCUGGGCAUGUUUGCUGGGAUGAUAAUGACAUAUUAAACGGAAAACCAACUGGUGCUGUUAGGAUAUCUUUUGGUUAUAUGUCAACAUAUGAAGACGCUGAGAAAUUUUUGAAUUUUUUGGAAACUUCUUUUGUAUCCAAGCCCAAAGACGGAUAUCAAUCAAGUUUGAAGGCACUUCAUUCAUUAAGUAUUGCAAAUCAGCAGGAAGUAAGACCCGUUCAACUAAAAUCCAUCACAGUUUACCCUGUGAAGUCUUUACAAGGAUUCAGUGUGCAUAGCUGGCCUCUCAGUAAUAUUGGUUUAAAAUAUGAUCGAGAAUGGCUUCUUCGAGGUCUGAGUGGUGAAAUUUUGACUCAGAAAAAGGUUCCAGAAAUGUGCUCCAUUCGUACAUUUAUCGACUUGGAACUUCAGGCAAUGUACAUAGAAUCUCCACAUUGCAAAGAGAAACUACUAAUUUCUCUACCAAAACAUUCGCGAAGCUUAAAUGAAGAAAUGGAUGUCUAUGGUCAAAGAUAUGAGGUGCAGACUUAUGAUGAUGAGGUUAAUAUGUGGUUCACUAAAGCCCUUGGUCGUCCUUGUACCUUUGUGAGAUGUUCAAAUUCCAAGAACCGCUCUUUCAUGAACAAGAUUGGAAGAGAAGGUCUAUGCAGAUAUACAUCGAGCAAACUGAAUUUCUCUAAUGAGGGACAGUUAUUACUAAUAUCUGAAGAGAGCCUUUUUGAUCUGAACAGCCGCUUAAAUGCAAAUUUUGGAAAAGAUAUCUCUGGGUCUAGGCAGCCAGUACACGUUGAUGCUGCGAGAUUUCGCCCAAAUCUCGUAAUUUCAUGUUCAGAACCUUAUGUUGAGGAUAGCUGGAGCAGCCUUCAAAUCGGAAAAGCACAUUUUAGUUCACUGGGAGGAUGUAACCGCUGUGAGAUGAUUAAUAUCGAUCAGCAAUUUGGGCGAGUUCGGAAAACGAAGGAGCCUCUAGCAACUUUAGCAUCCUAUAGACGAAAACAGGGAAAGAUUCUAUUCGGUAUCUUGUUAAGAUAUGAAGAUAGUGUCAAGGAAGGAGAAGAUGAAAUUGUUGAAGAAAAGUGGCUUCAAGUUGGACAAGGCGUUUAUCCGUCUGUUGAUUAAACUGAAAUCGGCUUCAGAGAUCUAAUGCUAAAGUAAGUACAUUUCUUGGAAAGAUAUAGUACUAAGUGAUUAUACAGUUAGCAAAUAAUCAAAGGAGAAAAGGAAUAAAAAAGCAGCUCUGUAUAUGUAUGAGAAGCGGCUCUGUAUAUGUAUGAGAACAAAAAAAAAGAAGUAAUAAAAAGAAGAGAAAAAGCAUGGGGAAUGCUCCCAUUAUGAAAUUGUAUCGUAA